GUAUGGACGAGGACGCGCCACAGCUGACUAUAUAGCGCCACAGCUGAUCGGCGGACGAGCUCACGUGAGGUUGACGUGUAAAUUUCCAGUUGUCGGGGGUGCACUAGUUCUCAAUCAGAAAUGUUCAAAUCCAUAAAUUAAUCAGUUGGGUUUACAAACAAUGCGCUGCCUUUGAUUUCUUCACUUGAAUCCCGAGCCAGUUUUGACACCGGCGAUGACGUCACAUUUCGUAUUCCGUUAUUCGCUCAAAUCUGGACGUGAAUCGACGGCUCAGAGUGGUCCGGCUGGUGCUGCAUAGUCCAGUUGGGUUUGUCUAUAGAUCCGUGUCGGUGACGGUCACUCCGAGGUGACACCAUUGUCAUUGGGGGCCAACUAGAAACAGCAUAGCCGGUGAACACCAACACAGGCGCCUGUGGCCCCUCAGGUCCCCUAUGGUACGUAUGACUGCCUAAAAAAUGAGCCUUUAACCACUUCAUAUUCUCUGCUCACUUACGGGAGUUCUUCCCCUUUGCCAACCUGACAUAUUUCUGUCACUUUAUGGGAUGCAGGAAUGGAUUUAUGCCCGAGGAUAGAAAAUGGUUGACAUGUAACCUGACAACCCCAUGGUAGGCUAAGAGAAAGCGAUUGGCGGUCGCCCCGCCCACAUUGUAACACUUCCUGCCCCAUCAGACACACGCGUCUCGACGGUGUCACGCGUUUUCGUGAAGCCCACCCUGAAGGGAAUGCCCCCCCUCCCCGCAGCUCCCCUGUUCGCACACCCCGAGUCGAGAUCUUUGCUGACCUGCCGCCAGCUGCAGCGCUUUCUCCGAACAGCAGAGGCCGCUGUGAGUCGCGCACGCCCCACUCGUGGCGGCGAAUGUCCCUCUCGCUCCCAGCCCCGCGCGACUCCUCAGCGGCCGCAAACCUCGGCUCUUUGGCGACCGGCUCGAUUGUUUACAUGGUUGACCAGAAGUGGCCCCUGGCCAGUGACCGGCAAGAUGGGCAUGAGGAUCAAGCUGCAGGGGGCUGAGCACCCGACCAACCUUCUCAAAGAGCUGAACCGGUGCCGCUUGUCCGAGUCCAUGUGUGACGUGGUGCUGGUUGUAGGGACCCGGACCUUUGCGGCCCAUAAAGUGGUGCUGGCCUGCGCCGCCACCUACUUUCAGACGCUCUUCCAGCAGCCUGGCGCCGACGGACUGCGCACCUGCGCCGUGGACUUUGUUUCUCCGACCAACUUUGAAAAGAUCCUGACCUUCAUCUACACGGCAGAGCUCUUCACGGACCUCAUCAACGUGGGGGUCAUUUACGACGUGGCCGAGCGGCUGGGCGUGCGAGAACUCAUUAGGGCCUGUCAUGCCACCUUCCCGGACUUGGAGGCUAGUGCCAGCCACAAGACUCCAUUUCAGAACCAUGCUGCCGCCUCGUGCUCUGCUGCCACCGAUGAGAGCUGCAACGGGGGCAUGGUGCUGCCUGCCACAUUGCCAGUCUUAAACCCGGCUGUGUCCUCGGCCAGUGCCGCCCAGGUGAAUGCAGCAGACAAGGACAAGAACGUGGCAAUAGACAAGUCCACCCAUAGUGUGUCUGCUCCAUUACCAUUAGCCCCCACCAAGAAGGAGGACCAGGACUCUGCGGGGGGCUACAGUCACACUUCGGGGAGCCUGGCCAGCUUACAACAGUGCCCGAAAACGCCACCCGCCGUGAGUGCUGCUUUGGUGGACAGUGCCCACAGCCUGUCUGCUCCCACUCCACAAAGUGCCCCUUCUCUUCAGCAACCUUUCAAAACUGAGGAGGAGGCAGGGCCCGGGGGUGCCCAGCUGGGCCUCUGCAUAUCUGAAGCAUACACGGCAGAGGUUGCUGACCCUGGCAUGGUGGCCAGCACUGGGGAUAGUGGCAAGGAGGGACUGUCCCCUGAUCCCCCACCCAUGGAUCUUCUUCGCUUUGAUGGGUGCUAUGAGGAUGGGGAGCUGUACUACGAUGAAAACUCGGAAGAGAACGUUGGCCCCCCCGGGGAGGUCAUUGAACUGAGCGACGAUGACAGCGAAGAUGACUUGGUCUACAUCGAGAAUGGCCGGCAUGUGGGCGGCCAAGUAAGGACCACACCCUGUAAAGUAUGUGGCAAGGUCCUGGAGCCCAAUAUCAACAUCAUCCGGGAGCAUGGGGAGAGCCACCUUGAUGAGGUGGGCACCUGUCGGGUCUGUGGUGCCAAGUUCCCCGACCGGGCCUCACGAGUCACCCAUGUCCUCUCGCACGUGGGCAUCUUGCUCUUCUCCUGUGACAUGUGCGAGCAAAAGUUCGGAACGCAAUGCCAGCUGGCACAACACCGGCGGAGCAACUCCUUUGAGACCAACAUCAUCGUGCAGCCGAACGCGACCAUCUCGGGGGACCUGAUAGCAGCCAGCGGUGGACCCCUCAAGGAGAUCCAGUGUGGCGCCUGCGCCAAGGCGGUCAGCAAAGACUUCCAGGUGAUCCGGGAGCACGUCCUUGAGCACCUGAACAUAAAGACCCUGAGCUGCCGCGUGUGUGAACGUCAACAGGCGACCCUCUGCAGUCUGAUGUGGCACUGCCUCAGCCACGUGGGCCUGGCUGUCUUCUCGUGCUCCAUCUGUGCUUGCAGCUUCGUGGACAAGGAUCUCCUGGAGAAACACCUGAUGCUGCACCGGGGACGGGAGGAGAGCCGCGGCCUUCUGAAGUGCUUCCUGUGUCCUCAGGGCUUCCAUUCUCACUCUGCCUACCAGUACCACCUGAGCCUACACAGUAAGGACUUUGGUCCUGAGGGACCCCAGCGGGGGGUGGACAUCGGUCUCCUGCAGAAAAAGAGGAAGGUUGAGCACUUGCUAGACUCCUCGUCAUGCUCCUCUUCUCCACUGGACGGCUCGGGUGCCUCGCUGGUGCUGCCAUUGCAAGAUGGCUUGGGUGUGGCCGCCCUGAGGACUAAGUGGUAUCGCUGUAAGUUCUGUGGGAAGCGCUUUGCUCAUUCAGGCGAAUUUACUUACCACCUGCGCAUCCACACGGGUGAGAAGCCAUACCAGUGCAAGAUCUGCCUGCGCUUCUUCAGGGGCCGCUCUACCAUGAUCUGCCACCUCAAGACUCACUCGGGGGCGCUCAUGUACCGCUGCACCAUAUGCGGCCACUACUAUUCCACCCUCAAGCUCGUGACCAAUCACAUGGACCUGCAUAAAGAUGUCCUGCCACCAGACUUCAACAUCGAGCAGACGUUCAUGUACAAUGAUCACACCAAGGAGCCGGCACCCUGCCCCGAGAGCUGAGCGCCACCACGGGCGAGGGUGCUGCCCUAGGAAUACCUCAGCCAGGAGAGUCGCGGCAAGUCCCUUCUGUGCCAAACUGCCCAAACUUGGGUGCCAGGCCACUGCCACUCUAGAUGACAAAUGUUUUGAUUCUGAGCGCCCCUCACACGUCUCUGUGAUGGAAUGGAGCAUAAAAAGGCUGUCUGUCGCCUCGCAUUCUGGCCUGGGCUCAUCGUGGUAGGGGUGGGGUGGGUUAGGUUGUGGGGUCUUACGUAGGGUCGGGUGGGGUGGGGGGGGUUUGAGUGUCAAGCUGUCCUCACAAAUGUUUUGCCUUAUGUUAGUGAAAAUAUUAAUUUCUUUUAUUUAUACAUUUUAUACGUCCUUUCAUGUAGUAGGAAUGGCGUUUUAUUUAUAACGAGCUGACGUUCUACUUGUUGUGUCUUUAUAGAAUAAAAUCAGAUUAUUUAUA